UCAGAUUACGAACUUAUUCGCCAUGGCUUCGAGCCAGAGCAACGACCAGAGUCGUCCGCAGUCUCCCGAGGGCAGCUACGGCACACAGCAACCGUCGACCCCAGGUCGCGGCCAUAUUUAUUCAGACCUAGGCGAAGCCCAUCGGAGAAUUGCUGGACGACAGACCCCAGCGAGCAACGCUUCGGAAAGUAAAUCAAAGCCAAAGCAAAAUCGCAAGGGCUCGCUAGAGAUUUUAGGUAUUCCCCGUUCCAGAGAUAACCAGACAGAGAGCAGCCAAUCCGAGAAUGUUGGCCCAGUCAACUCUCCCACUUCCAUCUAUGGAAGAUCGUUGAUGAACGCUCCACGAUUGCCCACCCUUCCCGCUAUCUCAUCAUUCAACAUGCCCAGUGUUGGCGGCGACUCGGCUAUUACUACGCAGAACUACACUAAGCAUACUACAGACUUUCAGGUCAAAGAACACCCCGAGGAGGAGGAGGAGGAAUGGAAUCGUCAGAAGGGUCGCCGGCUUCGUACUGGCCUAUUAUCGUCCAAACCCCCUCAAAGCCCCCUUCCAGCUUUACCCCUGAGUCGUCGUCGCUCAAGAUCUAUGAUAGAUUACGGCAGCUCAUCUAUUCCAAAUGCUUCGACAGUAUCAGACUCCCAGCAACUACUCCGUACUGAUACACAGGCAGGCCAGCCUCAUGAGUCCCGCCAAGAAUUCUCCCCAUCGCCUCUCCGUCUCCCACCUAAGCACGGUUUGAAGAAAUGGGAAACACGCGAUGAUUUCUACAGUGAAGUCGGAUCAUCACAUGGAGAUGUCACCAAUGAAUCGAGUGACGAUCCUUUCAAAUAUGACACUGGUAAUUACAAGACAACUUUCCAGAAUACGAAGGAGAGAGAGGUCAGUCGAGCUCUAAAGCGCAUGAGCAAGAUAGGGGGGCUAAGUGAGGCCACCUUCGUGACCCCUGAAGGUAGUCCGGCUGGAAAGAAUCCUUCGCACAAUAUUAGAAUUGCCAUUCAGAGACCUCAUCAGCUUCCAAGUCGAGAAACCAAUAUCAGCAACAAGGAUAGUGGAAUAGCUCAUGAAAAUAGUCUUGAUACGCAACGAGACUCUGCUUGGGUGACCGAAGCAGAUAGUGAACUGGAUGAUAUUAGCGACAUUCUGGAUAAUCCAAUUGGAAUUAAGCAAGCUGGAAGCAGUGUUGUCUGCUGCUCUGAAGAUGACAGAGAGAAGCGGCCCGGUACUUUCGCUUCACGAUUCCGCACUCUGCAGCAUCCUGCUGGGCCAGAGUCGUAUGAGCUACACGACCUCAAGGGCACGAAGCAGUCGGUAAUGCUACCCAAGACUCGAUUCCAGGGUACCGGAGGGUAUCCAAACAAUUCGACUCGCUUCUUUUCUGACAAUGUGAAGACUAACCAGGACGCUAAUAAGAUGCCACGCAACUUGACCGGAAAGCUCACAAACCCGUUUGGCCAAAGAAGCAGUUACCGCCGGGCUGACUUCGAAGGAAACUUCACUACAAGAGCUAACCGCGAUGGUACGAAAUAUGAGUUCCGAGAAUCUAUAUCUGAGUACCCAACUACUCAAGCUGAAAGUCCUGGUCUGCAACCAUCAGGAAGUCACGGAUCACUGGUAGGUGCUGGCCUGGAGUUGAGAAGACCUUCGAAGCGUCUACGAGAGGACUUGGCGUCCAAGACUCCCAACUCUACAUCCAGCAAUUGCAGUCAAGUCACAACUAGCUCAUCUAAGACUGCUAAGGCUAAUUCGAAGAAGCUGUGGAAGCCGCGUCUAGUAGAUCAGGCGUAUCCCAUCCGAAAUGGCCGUUGGUGGGAAGCCGAGAGAGACUACGCUGGACAACUCCCUAGUCCUACCCUGGCUUCCUUCAAUGGAGAACCGAUCACAUCAGACGCAAAGUUCCAAUUUCAGCUUUUGUCUCUUACCGACGCCCAAAGGAAGAACAAGGAGCAACGUGAGAGCGGAGAGACGGACGAGACUGAGCCCGCACAUAUUCGAUACCAGCGCGCCAUGAGCCAUUCGUCGUCCAGGGGCCAAGCCCUCUCGAGCCCAAUCGAAGUCCCUCGACCUGUCUAUGACCGACGCCGCCCUGUGGGUGUAGCCCCCCAUCUUUCUUUUGACUUUAGCCCCUCAAGCUGUGGAUCUUUUAAAGAGGCCUUCCUUGAUACGCCGUCUCCAUUCUCGGCCACGAACCCCAACGAGGAUACGCCAACAUCGAUUCGUCCGGGCAGACCUCUUUUACGCUCUGGACGUGCACCUAUGGCUUGUGGCACCGACACCAUCGACAUGGCGGGCCAUCGAUAUUACUCGAACCAGACAGUCAUCCGGCACCCUCAACCGGUUGCUGGGAGUGGAAUGAGUGACGAAGAAGCUAUGGAAGCCUUUGUCGAAAGCACCAUUACCCGGAACGCUCGACAGCGGCGCCAACAAUUCUUCUAUAUAAUGGCAACGCUCUCGGCCAUCUUCCCAUUCUUUGCCAUACUUGUCCUUGCAGGCACAAUGAAUAAGGCUCUGAUUUGGUGGACCCAGGGUGAAGUGCGCCGGCUAAAGAUCAAACAGAGGCACUUCAUCCGCCAUGUGUUCCUGGCUGAGGCUUGCCUAUACAUAGUCCUCAUCGCAUCAGUCGUUGCCGUAUACACAAGGGCUGUCUAGAUUUGAAUGCCCUAAGUCCAAGGCAAAGCAUGCUAAGAGUCUAAAAGGCCCCCCUCGAUAAAAAGCAGGGGCUUGGAGUGGUUAUAGGUUCACUCCACAAUAUUGUUUUCCCAUCCCAAUUCAUAUUUCCUUUUCCCCUCAUCAUUUUAACUUCAUACGAUACCCCGCUUAUAGCAUUCCUCAUAGAAUUGCUGAAACUUGACGACGAGACGACGAGACGACGAGACGACGAGACGACGAACGAUGUUAUGACAUCACUAGGUUGAACCCUUAAUGGGUGCAUAAAGGAAGAGCUCCUAACCAUCACGCUUACGAUUUCAGAUGGAAUUUAAGGGCAGUGUGGUGGGAGGGCUGAUAUUCAAUGGCAUGGAUCUGUUUAACGACUAGCUAGUUGGACAGUUCGAUGGGUUGUCUCUUGGAUGGUCUACUCCCCUUGCUAUAUGGGGUGAAGAAACCAGAGAUAGGGAGAGAGACAUCUUGUGAUAUGCUCUUGGUCGUCUUUUUCAUGCUAAGGAAAGGAUAUUUGGGCCAGAGCUAACAAGAGACUCUGAUGUUGAUGUGCGUUGUGCUAUAUGGGCCAAGGAUACUUACCUCAGUUCGAAAGGCAAUGAAUGAUUGCUUGUGCUAUAUGCAAUGUAAUGGGCUGGGUGUGACUGACCGAUGCGUGAUCCUAUGUAUGCUGUCAAUGUGCCCCUUUAUGGAGGGAGGUGAUUCAUGUACCCGCAGUAGCCAGCAC